UCAGCAUGCUUUCUUGCUUUCUCUUCAAGUCGCCGCUAACGAAUCUGCCCUAGUUGUUCUAGCGUCCCGGCGGCGGCGCAGGAUGUGGGGAGAAGCCAGCUAUGGAGGCAGGAGCGAGCACUCCGGCGCUUCGAAUCAGUUUGUUUCUAACGAGGGCUGCGCAGCCCUACUGGGUGCACUUUGCUCUGUGAUUGUGUGGCUCAAAUGUGUGUGGUGGCGUCCCGGCUUUGUGUGGGGACGAGAGAAAAAGGUAUAUACGACGUGCUGUUUUUCUUGCACUUAGUGGAUGUUUGUGAUCGUUCUUUCGAAACCUACCGUUGCCCUGCGAGCUGCGCAGUAAACCGUCGUAGGCUAUCCUGAUCUGUUCGCUACGUCGACUCUUCAGAUUUCAAACUAUUUCUUUUCGUGUUUGGGCCAUCUUAGCAUAAUAAACGUUAUUCAAAAGCGCAGACGGCAUUAAAAACUUGACAAUCAGGAAAGAGGUGUCGAGCUUGUUCGCCACGGAUGUUUUGCUUUAGGUUGAGGAGGCCGCAGCUGGCCAUUUUGCGCGAAGUCAGGUCGAAUACAGUGAUAAGGUGCACUUUUAAAAGUUUCGUAUCUGUAUGCUGUUUCUGUGAACUUAAUCAAAAAAAAAUUACUGCGAGCUUUUUAGCAUCGGCGUGUCGGUAUUUUUGUACCGAAGGAUGCUUGUCACACCACACGGCGGUGACUGUUCGAAUGACGUUUGCCGAGUGUAAAGCCGAUCGUUGUGUUCUAGCGCAGCAGUGGAGAUUAUCGCUCUCAUUUUCGUGUUGUACUUAGCCUUCAGUCGUGUUAGUGCAACAGGCGCGCCAGUAGUUGAAAAGGCGCAUGGCCAGCUUGCUGUAGUGAAGCGCGACCUUGUAGGUGAGGGAGCGUCCUUGUAAGCCGAGGCCCAGCUUCCGUGCAUGAGCAUAACAAAUCAGAAUUGUCAAUACUCAAACAAGUCGUGCAGCAGACAGAGGCACCAAAAAUUCCAGCAUGACCCACACGAUGUAGCAUCAAAGUAACAGAAUUCAGUUUGGGGGCCCUUGUUGGUACGAUGCAAGAGGCUACUUGCACAGCAUCCAUGAAUACGAGCCGAAGCCUGGAGCAGCGCUUCAGUACAUUGCCUCACUCACAGAAGAAGAGAAAGCCUUGGAAGAGCUGUGUGAAGAGGAGCGGUUCCUUGCACUCUUCAGGGACCUCCAUGAGGAAUCGAUCUACCAAGAGGAAGAGCUCAAGCGCCUCAACGUUGCCAUGAAUGCGGAUGGCACCUACAAGGAGACUGCCUUCUCUUACGACUCGGAGAACUCUGCCCUGGAAUCGCAAGGUGCGCAAGAUGAUAUUGAGGUACCCUUCAAGGCACCCAAGGGCCUUCACAUUCCAGUGUCAGUACCUACACCCCCCACCAUGAAGUUGCACGCCAUCAUUGAGAAGACAGCCCUGUUUGUGUCUCAGCAUGGGGCCCAGAUGGAGAUCCUGGUGAAGACGAAGCAAGCGGGGAACUCCCAGUUCAGCUUUCUUUCCUUCGACCACCCACUUAACGUCUACUACCGCUUCCUUGUCGAGCAGAUCAAGUGCGGCACCUACAUUCCCGUUGAGGAGUCAACUGGCAAUGAGGAGUCUGACGAUGAAGACGACCACUACCUGCACCCAAGCUUGUUUGCCACAUCAGCGCCGGCUGUGCCAGUUGCUGUUUCCAAGGUGUUUCUAUCCAAGGAAGGGGAGGAGAAUGCGUACUCACAGCUGAUCAAAAACCUCAAGCCGCAGCUGGACAGCCCCUCCGGGGGCGCCUCACCAUGCCCUCCUCAGGAAGCGGCCAAUCACGGCUCGGCGUAUGGCUACACUGACGGUGCAGGCUACGAAGGUUACGGAGCACCUGAAGACUGUUCAGUGCCGCCUCCACCUCCAGGCCUGGAACCCAUUCUACUGCCAUCACAAGCUGUGCUCACGGGCUAUGCGAUACCGCCACCCCCAGAUGUCCAACCGAUCAUCGACAAGAUGGCUGUCUAUGUUGCCAAGAACGGCGAGGACUUCGAGACCAUCGUCAAGAGCAAAGGUGACAAGCGCUUUGAGUUCCUGCUGCCCGACCACGAGUACCACCAGUACUAUCUGCACAAGAAGCAGACAUACCUCAGUGAGCGAGCUCAGCAGCAACAAGAGGAGCAGCAACAGUCCCAAGAGCCGGGUGACGCUCAGACUGAGUCGGAGGACAAGCCCAAGCCAGCUGAGAAUGAUGAGGAGACCGAGUCUGUUGCUGAUGCCGCGGAAUCAACCGAGGAGCACUAUGACGUGGUGGGCCCCAAGUUGGAGAAUGGGCUCAGCGUGGGAGAUGAUGGCAGCGUGGCAGAGUCCCAGUCGGACUCUCCCUUCUCGAACAUCGACAGCAAUGACACGAAUUCCCAGCCAGCGCUGGUGACUCCCAGUGACAGACUUUACAACAAAGGUCCUGUGAGUUUUACACUGAAGCUUAAGGAUUUGGAGGGAAAGGAUAAGAAGCGGUUGCCACUUCAUGCUGAUGAAUCGGACUCGGAAGGGCCAGCUGAAGCUACAGCCCCAGCUGCACCAGCGGCACCGACUGCCACUACACCCACUGAGGAGUCAGCGAAGGUGGUGGAGAAAGCUGUCAGGGAUAAGAAUGCAGAGGGUGCAUCAUCGAAGGACCGGCUCUCCCCAGCUCGACAGCUGCAGAUGGAGCGCAAGAAACGCCUUGCGAAAUUUCUCAGCAUGAUCAAGGACUCACAAGGUGUCAGUGCCGCGGGCUCUACCUCGGCAACGUCAGCUAGACAUCAGCACGAUGGCUCCAAAGGUUCCAGUGGCACUUCUACGCCUAAGGAACCCGCAAGCAGGCUUGCGGAUGUUUCACGAGCUCCGACCGACUCGCUUCCUGCUUCGCCUGCCACUAACACUGCGCGGGAGCGGAGCAAUGACAGGGCUGCUUCACCGGAGGGAAUUUCUCCACGGCACAGGUUGCACAAAUCGUCGUCCAAGUCACGCCAUCGAUCACGAUCCCCCACCAGGCAUCGUCACCGCCACCACCGUCAUGGCAGGGAUGCCUCCCGGUCGCAGUCACGGGAAAGACACCAUCGCAAACAUCACCGGUCGCCACGGCAAGGAGCAUCUAAAAGGUCACAUAGUAAAAGCCCAUCGCCAGUGAGAAGAUCCAAAGCUAGGAGAUCAAGGUCAAGAAGUCCAGUAAGAAGAAAGUAGGAAAUAUUGUAGAAAUCUUGUACAGUAGUCCCAUGGUUGUAAAUAAUACAUUUGCAAGCUAGCUAGUAUUUGCAUUGUUCAUUGUUUCAUUUGCUUAACAUGUGUGGUGACAAUUGGGAGCAAGAGAAUCAUGGGGCCCUGCAGUCUGGCUUGUAGUAUUUACUUGGUAACGUUCAAAGCCUGUUAAAACUGUAGUCUUGUAAAAGUCCUGGCUUUCCCAUGUGCUUCUGAAAUGUUAAGUUUAUUGUAAUUGGACCCAAAACUGCCUUUUGAUAUGGGUUCUGUCUCACUUCUAGCUUAAAAAUGGAGCAAACAAUGAUUGGCUAAUGAUAAAGGCCAAGAACUAUUAGUGUGUGGAUUCUUUGAAUUUCUGCAUCAUGAAUGUUGGCCAAUAAAGUAUGUUUGUGAAA